AUGGCAAUCGGCGCCGUCAUUUCGCACCGGAAUUUCGGUUCUUUCACCGGCUCAGGAAGAGUAUGUCACGGAGAAGCAGCUACAAUGCAUCAAAGAGGAGAGCCCUCGGGUUUUUCUUCUGCACAAUGUGUAAAUAAGAAAAUGUUUUACAGCAAGCUAUAUCUUCCAAGAGGAAGCUUUUCAUUACCUGGAUACACAUAUAACUCAUCUCUCCACACUACCGGUCGCUCAAAGAGUAAAUUUUUUAGAUCAAAAUCGACAUCGCAUAUUGAAGCAGAUUUCUUCUCGGUGUCCCAGCAACUGAAUGAGAACUUUCUUUUCAUCAAUCGUAGGCAAAGAAUGAGAGGACUAUGUGAAUGCAGCAUUGUUUCAGCAUACUUCAAUGACAAUCGGGUACAACCAAGAAAGUUGGAUAAACUUGGCUUCUUUGAUGGUCAAAUCCUUUCAUCAAAGCAUACAAUAGUAACAAGUACCCGAGCUGACUUCAAAUCUGAAGAUCAUGACAUAAUAGGAACUAAAUCAGAGGCCGUUGGAUCGUCUGAGAUGGCAAGCGAAGCUGUUUUAUCACAACCAUGGUGGAAGCAGUUUCCAAAGCGAUGGGUGAUAGUGCUGCUCUGUUUUGCUUCCUUUCUGUUGUGCAAUAUGGACCGUGUGAACAUGAGCAUAGCAAUACUUCCAAUGUCGAAGGAAUUCAACUGGAAUAGUGCUACCGUCGGUCUAAUUCAGUCAUCAUUCUUCUGGGGAUAUCUGCUCACACAGAUUGUUGGAGGCAUAUGGGCAGAUAAAAUUGGUGGGAAGCUAGUACUUGGUUUUGGAGUUGUUUGGUGGUCAGUUGCAACAAUUUUGACGCCUAUUGCUGCCAGAAUCGGGCUUCCUUGCUUACUUGUCAUGCGUGCCUUUAUGGGCAUUGGCGAGGGGGUUGCUAUGCCUGCUAUGAAUAAUUUGUUAUCUAAAUGGAUCCCUGUCUCCGAGAGAAGCAGAUCACUUGCUCUAGUAUACAGUGGUAUGUAUCUUGGUUCAGUAACAGGUUUGGCUGUAUCUCCUGUAUUGAUCCACAAAUUCGGGUGGCCAUCCCUGUUCUACGCUUUUGGUUCCCUUGGAAGCAUCUGGUUUGCACUGUGGUUGAAGAAAGCACACAGUUCACCAGAAGAAGAUCCAGAACUGAGUGCAGAGGAAAAGAAACUAAUAUUGGGAGGCAGCACACAGAAGGAACCUGUCUCUGAAAUUCCAUGGAAAAGAAUUUUAUGCAAGGCACCUGUCUGGGCUCUUAUUAUUUCCCAUUUCUGUCAUAAUUGGGGUACAUUCAUUCUUUUGACGUGGAUGCCUACUUACUAUAACCAGGUGUUGAAGUUCAACCUCACUGAAUCUGGACUGCUCUGUGUGCUUCCAUGGCUGACCAUGGCUGUGUUUGCUAAUAUAGGUGGUUGGAUUGCAGACACCCUUAUCAGCAAAGUGUCCGCAUCGCGUGUCUGCAUAAUGCAGUCAAUUGGGUUUUUAGGCCCUGCUUUCUUUCUAACACAGCUUAAGCAUGUGAAGACACCUGCUCUAGCUGUGCUAUGCAUGGCAUGCAGUCAGGGAUCUGAUGCAUUCUCUCAGUCUGGACUGUACUCCAAUCACCAAGAUAUCGGGCCUCGUUAUGCUGGAGUACUGUUGGGACUAUCUAAUACAGCCGGUGUACUGGCUGGCGUAUUUGGUACCGUUGCAACUGGAUACAUACUCCAAAAGGGUUCAUGGGAUGACGUGUUCAAGGUGGCUGUUGUACUGUACAUCAUAGGCACAUUGGUGUGGAACUUCUUCUCCACUGGAGAGAAAAUUCUGGACUAG